CGCCCAUUACUAGAUACAACAACAAUGAAUGAGCCAAAAAGGCAAAUAGUUGCAAUUUAUUAACAAUGCGGUAGUUUUGUGCAUUAUUUUAGGAUUAUACAUUUGGCGAUUCAAAAAUGGGAACGGAUAAUAAAAACGGCGAAGGAUAUUAUAGUACGUUUGAACCUAGCUUUGCCGAUCUUCCUAUGGAGGUUAUCGUUUACAUUUUUCGCUAUUUGGAUCAAGCAGAUGUGCAGGCAGCAGGCAGGACGUGUCUACGGUGGCGUGAAGCUACCUUUGACAUGGAGUUCACUAAAAAAAUUUUAGUGCGGUUUACCAAAUUAUGCCUAUCCGAUAAAAUUCCUCCCGCACUGGACUAUAUCAAAAGUAAUAGGCCUUUUCGGAAUUACCACUUUGAGGAAAUUACGUUCGGAGGGGUGAAACAGAUUAUGAAACACAUUGGUAACACAGCAGAGGAAGUAAUAUUUGACAAUGUUGAUUUGGGUGACAAACAGUUCUGUGAUAUUAUGAGGCAACUGCAAACAAUUCAUUCGUUGACCAUAACGCGCUGUUCACAGCUUUUUAUGUCGGGUUCUUUUUUGGAAAACGAGGAUCGCUUGACACUUGGAAUAAGUUUCGCCAAAAUACGACACCUUUCACUAAAGGACAAUCAAUAUCUUUCGGAUGCAAUUUUGCUGCGUCUGACGGAAAUGAUAGAGAGUAUUUACUCGUUGGAUUUGUCUGGAUGUCACAUUGCUUAUCACAAUGCAAUUCAACGACGCUUUUAUCCAAAUGAUGGGCGCAUCGUCGCAAGCGAAUCUAUAUUGACAUUCAAGUUUAUAGUUCGCAUAUUAACAAUGCAUCAACAACACCUUCGCAGGCUUAACCUUAGUAAUACAUUGAUCGGUGCACCCUCACUAAAUGCUCUUUCUAUGUUGAAAAGUGGUGGACUCAGACUGCACAGUCUUGGACUUGCAAAGUGUAGACAGAUAAAUUCAGUAUCUCUUAAAGCAUUUUUAGAAUGGCAGACAAGCUUACUGGAAUUGAACCUUUCAGACGUCGUUAGAGUAGAUGAUAGUUGCCUGGAUGUAAUUGUAAAAAAUCUGUCGUUACUACAAGACCUUGACAUUUCUGGGUGUGUAAAUGUUUCGAAUGAUGGAGUAUCACUUUUAAGCACUUUGAAACAUUUAAAAUGCUUAAAUAUAUCGCGUUGUGAUGGUAUUCAGUCGAAAGGUAUUACACACGGCAUAGCUUCUACCCGAAAUGUAAUACUGCAAAAUCUUCAAAUGACCCAUUUAAUGGUGUGCGAAGAAGCCAUCAAGACUCUAGCUGAAAACUUCCCUGAGUUACGAGUUCUCAAUUUAGAGCAAUGCGUGAAUGGAGUAACCGACGAAUCCGUUCAAAGUAUUAUUAAAAAUUUACAUUGGUUGCGUGAAUUAUCAUUGGUCAAUUGUUCUCGGAUUACCGACGCAGCCUUAACUGGAAUUAAUAUUACUCAUCUAGUUUCUGUGCCAAACUCGCACAGCUCACCUGAUAGCCCAGGCCCACUAUCAUUUCCUACGUUUGUAGAAGGUGAUUCUCUAAAUGGACUCAAUCAAUCAUUUAAGAUUUCUUUACGAAGCAAAGCCGAAGAGGAAAUCGUACGUGAUGCUAAUAGAAAAAAAGCAAUGUUUGCGGCGUAUGAAUUGAACUUAAUUGAAGAAUAUAAUGUUGAUGGGUACAAUUUAAAGAAAUUGCGCGGACUCAGAACCUUAAAAUUAAGUGGCUGUAAUAAAAUAACCGAUGUAUCUUUAAAAUAUGGCAUCAAAUUUCUUGAACUGCGUUACUUAUCACUUUCGAAUUGUCCACAAAUUUCGCUUAUCGGAGUUGAACAAAUGGUGCUAGAUAAUCCUUCAAUUGAGAUACUUGAUUUGUCGGAUUGCGAAAGUAUUAAUGAUAGAGCUAUACAAUUAAUCACAUAUAAUUUGACCAGACUUCGUGCGUUACAUAUUAGCGGAUGCAGCCAGUUAACCGAGCAUAGCUUAGACGCAAUUUCAGAUAACUGCAAACAUUUACAGACUCUAUCAGUGCAUCGCUGUCGUCAAAUAUACACUGACAUCGAAGAACGGUUUGCAAAUAUGACUACAUUACGCAACUUAAAUAUGGAUAAUACAACAAAUACGGACAUUUCCAUACUUCGCUUAAAAAAACGCCUUGAAUAUUGAUAUUUUGCUAUCAUUUUUUGUUUUCUUGUGUCGUUUUCAAGUCUUCUAUAAUGAUUGAAGUUGAGAUCAAAAGUAUUGAUCUUUCGGUGAAAAUAUUACCAGAAAUAUUUGUCAAACAUGUGAAUAAAUAUAAUUCUAAGCAAUCGAAA